AUGGAGUCGCUUCUCAAAGCCGCUGGUCUCCUGGACGAGGAGAAUCUUACACCUCCGGAAACCAGCAGCGAUGAUGAUAUGUCGAUCGGAGACGACGGAAUUGAAGCCGAAAGUGACGAUGAUCUCUCAAGUACGCCGCCACAUAACUCGAGUGAGCACAAGGUUCGGAUGUCGAAGUCGGCCAAUCAGCAGUCGGAACUUGAGCCAUCUAGCAAGCUUUCAGGUACUGGGGAUAGCCAGCAUGUUUCCAUAAUUCGAUCGGAUAACAAGGCUGACUCCUUAUACUAUGGACGUUCUUCCUCAUUGUCCAUUUUAUCCAGAGAAGGAAUUGAGUGGAUUAAGAACAAGACCGGUGAAGUGAACUUCCUUCGUAUGCUAGUUUCAGACACAAAGCACGAUAGUCCAUGGGACUAUUGGCGGCCUGACGUCUUCCACGAUGUCUUUGCCUCGAAGGUCUUCAAACCUCUUCCGCCCCGAGCGGAGGUAUUUUCCUUGUUGCGCGAUUAUUUUCGAACAAUUAAUCGCUUGUUCCCGCUCUACCAUGAAGCCUCUUUUAUGGAAAUGGUGGAAUGGCAGUAUACACAGCAGACUUGCGAUGACGCUGCUCGGUGGGCCAGCAUCAAUGUCAUUCUCGCCUUGGCCUAUGAAUACAGAUACUCAAAUAGUCUCAAAUCGGAAAAGGACAAAGAAAGAGCGUGGCUUUAUUAUAAGAACGCCAUGUCGGUUUUCGCUGAACUGACGCUGCGCCGGACUGAUAUGCUAAGUGCACAAGCCCUCCUUGGCAUGGCGCUUUUCCUUCGCGGUAAUUCCGGCACUCAGUCAGCAAUGCCUUUGAUAACAGCAGCCAUCAGAACGUGCCACCGACUGGGUCUCCAUCGUGACACUCCGCAGCCUCACCUUGCCCCAGCGGAGCAGGAGCAGAGGAAAAGGGUCUUCUGGAUCGCCUUUGUUCUAGACCAGAGUACAUGUAUACGAACUGGAAAUGCGCCAACCCAGCAUCCCGACGAUUUUGACGUCGACAUCCCGGCUGUUGAUCCCGAAAAUGAUCUCUUGCUAAGCGAUAACAAGCCAUUUUUCCAGCAACUUUGUCAACUCACCAUCAUCAAGGGUCGUAUAUACACGAAGCUUUAUUCUGAAAAAGCCUUGCAGAAUAAGACCGCAGCUGAAAUCAUCAAGAUCGUGAAGGAACUUCACGCUGAACUCGAAGAAUGGAGGGCGGCGAACACGUUUGAUGAUCAAUUGAAACAGGGAGCGGCAGGCGAGGAUUUUCUGCGAGGAUUUGCGUCCGCUGGCAUGCAGUUCGUCUACUUCAACUCUUUGAUCUUGAUCCAUCGGAUGCCGCUAGUCAUUCACUUUAUCUACCGACAACGUCUCGCAAAUGGAGGUCCGGCAUCUGACGAUGCCAAUUUGAUCCUUCGAGAGUCGUCCUCCUCCAUUGCUCUUUGUUCAGAGGCUGCUCGGGAUACAUUGAGGCUCGUUAAUAAUCUCCCAUGGGGUGAUAUAGCAUGGAUAUGGUCUCUUCUAUAUUACGUGUUUCUGGCCGGUUUGACAAUUUUCAUAAAUAUUCUACGAGACUCGCGGUACCCUAACGCCAGGGAGGACAUUCAAUCGCUCAACAUGGCGUCGACAUUCUUCGCCACGCUGACCCCCGGCGAUGGGCCCUCCAACUACGCCCGGUUCAUGACGCAAAUGAGCGCAAACUUUGAACGAAUAGCCAGAUCUGUCGUAGAACGAGAUCAAAAGGCAACCAAACUCAGCCAAAAAGCAAAUGCUCGUGCAUCAAUAACCAGAUCAGAAGCCCACGAUCUCGCGUCAGACGAGCAACAAAGCCUGCGACACCAACCAGCAGAAGCGCCAAAAUCAUCUCCUUCAUCUUCUCCUGUCCACUCGCCAUCAAUCAUCGAUAUUCCGCAUCUCCCGGGUCUUCCCCGCAUCAACUCUUCUGGCUACGUGGUGCCCGACAGCAGCCCUCCAGCGUCCGAUGACCUCCAACCCUUAAGUCCUAAUCCUCCACUCCAAAAUACCUGUCAGAACGCCGCAGCGUCAGCUGAAUCAUCCGUGUCCCCCGAAGGAUUCAAUAAUCCUACCUAUCCUUUUGACGCUUUCCUCCCACUCCCGGUAGCCAACCACAUCCCUCAAAGCGAUUUCUGGCAAACCAUUCCGGUAGCGGACUGGGGACUCCCCAAUUCGGAUCAGUUCAGUGACGAUCCCUACUUACAAGGCUUCUUUCAAGGAACGGCGCCGUCCUUCACAGCAACAACUACCACAGCGCCGUCAGGCAAUGUUCAUUCGGCUUUCUUUAACAUGGGGUUCUCUUCUGAAAACCCGAGUCAAUUUGCUGACGAUCAGGGUCCGGGUCAGACCGCCUGGCCCGGGGAAGGGUUUGCAAACCCAUUCCCUUAA